AUGAAAUUAUUGACAACCAUAUGUAGACUGAAGCUUGAAAAAAUGUACUCAAAGACAAAUACGUCUUCCACAAUAUUUGAAAAGGCCCGACAUGGGACAGAGAAAAUCAGCACAGCCAGAAGUGAAGGGCACCAUAUCACCUUUAGUAGGUGGAAGGCAUGUACAGCGAUUGGAGGUCGCUGUAAAAAUCUAUGUGAUGAUAGUGAAUUUAGGAUUUCAUACUGUUCAAGACCUACAACUCGUUGCUGCGUGACAGAAUGUGACCCUACGGACCCAAAUAAUUGGAUCCCAAAGGACUCAGUAGGGACUCAAGAAUGGUACCCUAAAGACUCACAUCAUUGA